AUGUCGUCUGUGUAUUAUGUAGGUAGACGAGUGUCAUUCAAAGGCCGAUUGUGUACCAUCCGCUAUAUCGGGACGGUGGAUGGUACCAAAUCAGAUAAAGAGUAUCUCGGAGUCGAGUGGGAUGAUUUGAAAGGCAAACACGACGGCGUUCACCAGGGAAAAAGAUAUUUCACAUGCUUAAACCCUUCGCCCACCGCUGCAUCAUUCAUUCUCUCCUCUUCCCGCACUGCUGAUUCAGAGCGAUCCUUCGUUAAUGCUGUCCGGGAGAAAUACGGUACACCACGCACGACGGAUGAUUCAGAUGAAAUCGUUAUCUCCGGGAAAACUGUAGAGGAAGUCGGAUUUGAUAAGGUUAGAUCACAGCAGGCUCGAUUGCAUGAAUUGAAGAUUGUCUUGGUCGACGGUCAACGAGUCAACAGUGCCGAGAACUCAUCUCUCGAGAUCAAGACUGUCUGUCCAAAAAUCGAAGAGCUGGAUCUAAGUAGGAACCUUUUUACCAAGCUCUCGGAAGUAGCAAAAAUAUGCUCUGAGCUUCACAAUUUGAAGACUCUGAGAAUUAGUGGAAACCGAUUUCAAGAUGUCCUCGAGGACUCUCGUCUAGCUAUGGACAACCCUUAUGUCUCUACGUUCUCAAAUGUCACAGAUCUCACUAUGGAUGAGAUGCUACUUGAUUGGGCCUGGAUUGUUGAUAUUGUUACCCAAUUUCAGCAACUCACGAGACUUGCGACCUCCAUGAAUGGAUUCACAAGGCUCAGGCAUCCUCUGCAAGCCGAGGGCCUGCUAUCAUUAACUUUGGAGUACAACUCAUUUCAAAGUAUCACAGAUGUUAUUGUCCUAAGAAAGUUGAACUCUCUUGAGGUCCUGCGGUUGAAGGGGAAUGAAAUCUCUAAAAUCGACGAAGAGCCAUACGAGCUUCCAAAGCUACCUUCGUUCGGCAAACAGUUGAGACAUGUUGAUCUGUCCUACAAUGCGGUAUCUGAUUGGAAGUUUGUCAAUGACUUGGACCAUGUCUUCCCUGGCAUGACAUCUCUUCGAUUCGCCCAUAAUCCAAUCUACAAAAUUAGCAAAGAUGCGGGAUCGUUCUCGAGUAUGGACGAUUCGUACAUGUUUACGCUGGCACGAAUCGGAGGACUAGACACAUUGAAUUUCAGCAAGAUCACCCCAGCAGACCGCACCAAUUCAGAGAUGUUCUACCUCUCCCAGAUCACUAAAGAGGUAUCCGAAGCACCAGAAAAUAAAGAAACAGAGGUGAUCUCCCGUCAUCCUCGUUAUGCCGAGCUUUGUGAGAAGCAUGGUGCACUUACAAUCAUCCGCAAGGAAGAAGGAAUCAUCAAUCCCAAUCUUUUAGAAGCUCGUUUGAUCAGAUUCAAAUUCUAUAUGCCACCGAACAGCCGGCCAGGCCAGACGGACGAGAUCAGAUUGCAGAGGGAGCUUCCCAUGUCGUUUGAUGUCUAUCGAGUGAAGGGGCUUGUGGGCAAGAUGUUCAUCAUUCGGCCAAUGUCCCUGCGUUUGAUUUGGGAAACGGAAGAAUGGGACCCUGUGGCUGAGUAUGAGGAGUAUGAGGAAGAUUAUGAGGACGAGGGGAUGCUUGAUGAAGAAAUUGUUGCGAAGAGAGAAAAGGGGAAGUGGAUGAAAAGAGAGGUGGAGAUUGAAGAUGGUACGAGACAAGUGGGAAAUUGGGUGGAUGGUCUAGAAGCCACUGUGAGGAUAGAGUUAAGGUGA